AUGGCAUCCACUCAAAACAAUACAACGGAUCUUCUGGAGAAGCUAAAGCAAGAGCUGAGAGCAGGUGAUUCUUGGGCAACUCCCAAAGUUGCUCUGAUCUGCGAGGAGAUAGAUAAAGCAUUCUGGAAAUGUCAAGACAAGGCGGAAUUCACACAGUUUUUCUGUGAUUGUGGUGGAUCAGAGAUCCUUGUUUCCAUUCUAAAGAAGUUUGAUGAGGAUGGUCUCUUUGGUGCCUGGGAGACGGCUUUCAUCAUCUACAACUGUCUAUGCAACAUGAGUGAGGCCAGCCUACCACUGUCUGUACAGCUUGGACUGCAGGGCAUGGUGAAGCUAUGUGCCAACAAUAUUGUGAAAUAUGCAGAGAAAAUGCACCUGAAGGAUGUACAGGAUCUGGUUCGGAUUUCACUGAGCAUCCUCUGUAACCUGUCGACCGCACCCAACAACCGAGUGAUCUUCAGGCAAGAGGGGGUGGCUGAGAAAAUGCAGCCGUACCUAACUGGGGACCCUUUUCUCAAAUCCAUCUGCAUGAUUACACUUUCAUACAUCGCAGAAGAGGGGCAGGAAGCUACCUUGGCUCAACAAGGAACAGACACAACAGAAUACCUGGUAAGGAUUCUCAAGGAUGCCAUCAGGAGUCCAGACAGGAGAUACAGAGGUCUGUGUGAUAGAGAGAUAGCUCUAGCCCUUGGACGACUGGCUGUACACGAUGGCAACAAAUUCAAGAUCAUUGAAGGAGGAGGACUCCCCCUUCUGGUGGAGAUGCUCAAGUUCGACAACGCACACUCUCAACAGGCUGCAGCCGACACCAUCAGGGCACUAGCUUUGUCUGCUGCCCUGCGUCAAAGGUUACAGGAAGACGUAGACUGCAUGAGGGCGCUGGAAUCACUCAGUCAGUCUACAGACACUAACUUAUCAGACGCUGCGAAAGGGGCAUUGUGGGUAAUCAGGCAUGGAUGAACUUCUGAGGAUUGGAAAACGGGGAGUGGGAGGGGAAAAUAGUGUGUGAAAGCAUAGGAACUACAAUUACAUGUACAAGAGGGGCAUCAAAAAUAGCAAAAAAUACAUUGAAUAUGUAAUAGUAUGCUUUGUGUUUGUUCUAAAUUACUGAUUGAUGUGGUUUGUUGUUUCCUAUUGUUUACUAUGUUUAAAUUCCAAAUGUAACUAGGGGAUAACAAUACAUUUAUGUUACCAGAGUUAGCCGUACUAAGACAAAACAAUUUAUUAAUUAAACAAUCUGUGAAAUGACCGUUCCUGGGGGGGGGGGAUCAUCUCUUAUCCUGAGAACAAAUGUAGGUCCUUGACAGUGUACCAGUGCUGUUCAGUCACUUGAACUUGGCUAUCUAUGAAGGGUAAAACAGUUCAAAAACAGAUUUCACCUCACAAAACCUGUUCUAUAAUUGGCUCCAUUGAUGGCGGAAGGACUCUCUCGGAAGAAACCAUAAAAUGACCAUAUCCAACCCUUUUCCUUUCUCUAAAUUCCCCUCAGUUUCUCUGACUACUGAGGUUAAAAUGUUACUCCAUGUACAUGGUGUACCAUAUGGUGGAGUUUAAUUUAAUGCUUCCCAUUGCCCCUCUCCAUCUAAACCAUCUUUGAACUGAUGCAUAAAGCUUACCGUUCAUAAGUUUCAUGUGUAGUGGUCAGGAAAAUCCCUUCUUGAUGAUAACCAGAGAUGGUGAUGACUAAACAAUUUCUUUGCAUGCAAUGGUCAUUUAACGGUGUA